AGACAAUCUACAACUCUCUCCCCCAGUUUCCUUUCUCUCGUUCCCCUGACCGUGCAUUUUUGUUUUUUUGUACGUGCUGAUUAAUUGGACUUCGAAAAGGGAAAAAAAAAAGGGAAAACACUCGAGAGAUCGAUCUCGGCCUGCUUUCUUGUGAAGGAAAAUUAAUAGAAUCGAACGGUCAGGAUUCAAUGGGAGACGUCCGUGGAGGAUGCUGCCCGCCGAUGGAUCUGUUCCGUUCGGAGUCGAUGCAGUUGGUCCAGCUCAUCAUCCCCAUCGAGUCCGCUCACCGCACCGUCGCUUAUCUCGGGGACCUCGGCCUCCUCCAAUUCAAAGACCUCAAUUCAGAGAAGAGUCCAUUUCAGCGAACUUAUGCUGCUCAGAUAAAAAAAUGUGGAGAGAUGGCACGCAAGUUGCGUUUUUUCAAGGAGCAAAUGCUAAAAGCAGGCUUCUCCCCUCCCACAAAAUCUGAGGCACAAGGGGCCAUCGAUGUGGAUGACUUAGAGGUGAAACUUGGAGAGCUUGAGGCAGAGCUGAUUGAAAUGAAUGCAAAUGGUGAAAAAUUGCAGCGCAGUUAUAAUGAGCUGGUUGAGUAUAAGCUUGUUUUGGAAAAGGCUGGUGAGUUUUUUGCUUCAGCUCAACACAGUGCUGCAGCUCAGCAGAGAGAAAUGGAAUCACGUCAAACGGGUGAAGAAUCCAUCGAAACUCCUUUAUUACAAGACCAAGAAACCACAAUUGAUUUAUCAAAGCAAGUGAAGCUGGGGUUCAUCACUGGCCUUGUUCCUAGGGAAAAAUCUAUGGCGUUUGAGAGGAUUUUAUUUCGUGCAACUAGGGGCAAUGUGUUCCUCAAGCAGGUUCCUGUGGAGGACCCCGUCACAGAUCCUGUCUCCAGAGAGAAGAUGGAGAAAAAUGUAUUUGUGGUUUUCUACUCUGGAGAAAGAGCAAAGAACAAAAUUCUCAAGAUAUGUGAAGCUUUUGGGGCUAAUCGUUAUCCUUUUGCUGAGGACCUAGGUAAACAGGCUUUGAUGAUAACAGAGGUUUCAGGAAGAAUUACUGAGCUGAAAACUACCAUAGAUGCUGGAUCGCUUCACCGGGACAAUUUGUUGCGGACUAUUGGAGACCAGUUUGAGCAAUGGAACCUUAAGGUGAAGAAAGAGAAAUCAAUCUAUCACACUCUAAAUAUGCUUAGUCUUGAUGUGACAAAGAAGUGUCUUGUGGCUGAGGGAUGGAGCCCUGUUUUUGCCACAAAACAGAUUCAGGAGGCAUUGCAGCGGGCUGCAUUUGAUUCCAACUCUCAAGUUGGCACCAUUUUCCAGGUCUUGCGUACAAGAGAGUCACCACCUACCUACUUCCGCACAAAUAAAUUUACUUCUGCUUUUCAGGAAAUUGUUGAUGCUUAUGGGGUGGCAAAGUAUCAGGAAGCAAAUCCUGGUGUAUACACUAUUAUUACAUUCCCUUUCCUUUUUGCCGUCAUGUUUGGUGAUUGGGGGCAUGGAAUAUGCUUGUUACUUGCAACAUUAUAUUUUAUUGUCCGGGAAAAGAAACUUUCUAGUCAGAAGCUUGGAGAUAUCACUGAAAUGACCUUUGGCGGUCGUUAUGUUAUUAUGAUGAUGGCACUCUUCUCAAUUUAUACUGGUUUGAUCUAUAAUGAGUUCUUCUCUGUGCCCUUUGAGUUAUUUGGUCGCUCAGCUUAUGCUUGUCGUGAUCUCUCUUGCUGGGAUGCUUCUACUGUUGGUUUGAUUAAGGUGCGCGAAACUUACCCAUUUGGGGUGGAUCCUGCAUGGCAUGGUACCCGUAGUGAGCUGCCAUUCCUGAACUCUCUGAAGAUGAAAAUGUCAAUCCUUCUUGGGGUGGCUCAGAUGAACCUUGGAAUUAUUUUGAGUUAUUUCAAUGGAACAUUCUUUGGUCAUAGUCUGAACAUUUGGUUUCAAUUUAUUCCCCAGAUGAUAUUUUUGAACAGCCUAUUUGGCUAUCUAUCACUCCUUAUUAUUGUGAAAUGGUGCACUGGUUCACAAGCUGAUUUGUACCACGUAAUGAUUUACAUGUUCCUGAGUCCUACUGAUGAAUUGGGAGAAAAUCAGCUCUUUCCUGGCCAAAAAACAGUUCAGCUUGUGCUAUUAUUACUUGCCCUGGUUUCUGUGCCAUGGAUGCUAUUACCAAAGCCUUUUCUUCUAAAGAAACAACAUGAAAAUCGGCAUCAAGGCCAAUCAUAUGCACCACUUGAAAGCACAGAUGACACUCUCCAUUCAGAGGCAAAUCAUGAUUCCCAUGGUCAUGGUCACGAGGAAUUUGAGUUUAGUGAAGUCUUUGUGCAUCAACUCAUACAUACCAUAGAGUUUGUGCUUGGUGCAGUUUCAAAUACAGCCUCAUACCUUCGAUUAUGGGCCCUCAGUCUUGCUCAUUCAGAGUUGUCUGUUGUGUUCUACGAGAAGGUUCUUCUCCUUGCUUGGGGGUUUAACAAUAUAAUCAUCCUCAUCGUUGGCAUCAUCAUCUUUAUUUUUGCUACUGUUGGUGUGUUGCUAGUUAUGGAAACCCUUAGUGCUUUCCUACAUGCUUUGCGACUUCACUGGGUUGAAUUCCAGAACAAAUUCUACGAGGGAGAUGGUUACAAGUUCUAUCCAUUUUCAUUUGCGUUAUUCGGUGAUGAAGAUGAUUGAAGCGCUUGAAUGAAUCAAUAAUGUCAUGGGAGUUGAGUGUGGAUAGGUAUGAAGUUAUGUUGAUUUUUUCAUUUGAACAUGAUAAGAAGCCCAUUCAGAUGCACCCUGUAAGGAGAGUUGAGAAAGCUUUCUACAGCCUGAGCACGCUGCUUCUUGACCUUCCAAUUGGUGUUUGUUUGGUAUUGGAAGGAAUAAGUGGCCUGCUGGUUGGGUUGGUAUCUUUGUAUGUUGGUAGUAGUCAGGUAAUAAUACUUAAUUUAAUUUAUUUUUCUAUUUUCAUGAAAUAAAAAGAAAAAAAAAAUUAGUUCAAGAGCU